GUCCGAUCGCUCCGUUCGUAGCGAUGCCCUUUGCUCCUAGUAGCGUCCUAUUUCUUGGUAUGGCUUGGGGCUUUUUGAACAGAUACCUUAAGACAACAACAUCGUUCAUCACGAUUGCAGGACUAUGAAGCAAGCACUUUCGAUUGAUCAUUGAUGGUAAUUGGUAAUCGAAAGCUUGGCUGGACCCGGUCAGCGUUGUGUUCGCUGUGUUUUUACAAGUACCGUGUUGUUCGCAGUGUCGCGCGGCCUCGGCAGAUGGUCCUUUGGCUUCAGGCCCUUUCCACGGUGUCGCCUCGGCGUCGCGCUCCUCGGAGCCCGGCGUGUUUCGGCACAACGAAACCAUGGCGGACUGUGAAUCCUUGAAGGAGACGAACCAUGGGACGUCCACCUCGUAUGGAACUUUGAUGGGAGUCGAGUAUCAAAGAGGAACUGGGGCUGUUCGUCUGAUCUAUUGUACAAUCAUUGCUGUGGUACUCUCCGGCAUUCGAAUUGUUUGUGAUCUGGCAGUGGGAUUUGCAAUUGCUCAUCAUUCGGCGUGGGUUUUCAUUUGCGUCUCGUUCAUAGAUUUGCUCCUUGCUGCGGCAGCGGCUACGGCGGCGUACUUUGCUUUGACCGUCAGACGACGGGGCAUCAUCGUUUUCGCCAUCACGUCGUUUCUGGAGACCGCAAUUUUCAGCUUGGCUUACUUUGUCGUAGUGACUCUGGAUGUUGUUCAUGCUUGGGAGCGCUGUGAAAGCCAGAAAUUAGCUUGUGAUCCGAGAAGCUCUGAGCUCAGCGAUCAUGGAC